AUGACGAAAAACAGAGUGGACGGCAGCUGGCACGUGGCACUCAUAACUUUCCUAACUGUGCUCGUCACGACGGUGGCCCUAAAAAAUUCUGGAUUCAUCUACGUUGGCUUCAUGCAAGAGUUCGGGAUUGACCGAGAAUCUGCCUCAUGGCCGUCGAGUGCCCUUGGCGCAGCCAUUCAUGGUGGAGGGGUUUUCGUUGGACUUACCCAGCGGUGGUUCUGCGUUUACCAAAUGGGCCUCCUCGGGAGCGUAUUGGUUUGGGCCGGCAUGAUUGCUUCAUCUUUUGCACCGAACAUUACCUGGGCUACUUUAACGUUUGCUUUACAUGGAUUUGGAGUUGGAAUGGUCAGCAUCACACUUGGUAUGGCAUUGCUUCACUACUUCAGCAAGUACAGGGGCACGGCAAGCGGCAUCAUGUUCUCGGGGGAAACCACCUGUGCUCUCGUGUUUCCCGAGGUGCUCCUGCUGAUACGGGACACCUACAACUUUCGCAGCGUGUUUUUAAUCUACGGAGCGAUAGCAUUAAACACUACCGCUUUGUGCGUUCUUCUCAAGCGACCUCCCUGGAUAAACCGGAACGGAACCUACAAAACAAUCCUACCGCCCGAAAAUCAUGCUCAACCCACGUGCGAGAUGCCCUUAAAGUCGGGUAUAGAGGACGUCUUAAAAACCACAAGGAACGGCGAGAAACCGACAAACGCCUGGCACGUGUUCAAGCUGUUUAGGCAACCCGCUUUCUACCUUGUGUGUGCCGUCGCAGUGACAGUUCAUUACUCUCAAAUAAUGUACCUGACGAGCAUAGUUGACUUUGCAAUAGACAGGGGCGCAUCUCUCGAGCAGGCCUCAACUAUCAUAAUGUAUCUGAGUCCCGCUGACUUCUGCGGUCGCAUUAUUUUGCCACUUUUAGCCGACAAAGGCUACCUGCCUCCUAACGCGCUCGUUGUGUUGUGCUACCUUUUGGUGGGUAUUGCUAUGGUUGCAUUGCCCCAAGUGUACUCGUUCGGGUCCAUGCUGCUUUUGUGUGCCUUCAUCGAAAUAGGAAUCGGCUGUGUUCUCACCAUGAAGAUGUUACUGAUUGCGAACUACAUUGAUCAAGAACUCUACGCCGCCUCGUACGGGUUCACUGGACUGGUGAUCCUUCCAGUGUUUCUUUGCAACCCUUUGAUACUCGGUUUCUUCCGGGAUUACCUGGGAGCAUACGACGACCUGUACAGAGUCAUGGGGGCAAUUAGUCUUCUUAUGGCCAUACUGUUUUCUUGUCUUACGUGGAAAGAAAUACGCACCCGUCAAAGAGUUAGUGUAAGAAGGAUUGGAGAUUGAUUUCGAGUUAAAUUUGCAAACCUAGUGCCAACAAAUUUUGGUUCUGGUCUUAGUGUUGUGAUUAUUUGACUGCCAAGUUGAGAGAGUAAUCUGAAGAUUCAAGUUUUCUUUUGUUUUUGUUUUCCAAAAUGAUAUGAACUGAAUAAAACAUAUAAUUUACAUA